ACAUCGCCUGUAUACCUACUGUUUGGAUAUGACGUUCUAAACAGUAUGCCAGAGCUGUCAUAACUCAUUUUACUCCUGCUUUCUAAAGUCCGAAGUCAUACAGCUUGCGAUUCAAUGGUAACAAACAGUCCACUGCAUGUGAAAAUUCUACCACACCCCCUCAGUCACCUGACAAUCACGACAACAAUAUCCAACACGUCAGCGUCAGCCCUCAUAUUAUUCCACCCCCAAUGAAUUGUGCUUCUCUAUGGUCUCCUCCAAGAAUAAUUAAGUUACCUUCUUGCCUUCGCGCCAUAUUUCUUUAUGGCUGGAAGCGGUCCUUCGCCUCUAAUGCAGCGCGGGCACAGCGUCGGAGGGACAAACAGGAUAGCUGGAUGUGGAGAAAUGUUAAAACACCUGUUCCUUUCCAUGCACUGGCGAAGAAUGAUCUAGAGCCCUCUCUCGAGGCGGUAUCAAGCAACACAACGUCCACAUUUAUCUGCAGCUACAGCUGGCAGCACUCCAAGAAAAAAGGAGUUAGAAUACCUGGCGUCGCACCGAUUUGGCGCAAUGUGUCGCUCCCCGUGACAGUACCCCCUGACAGCAAGACUGUCUUCACUGCCCGGAACUUGCCGCAAGCCCCGCGGUACUAUUUCGAGCCACUCUUCCGUGCAGCCGCAACAAUGAAUCCAAGUGUUAAUUUUAUGGACGUCGACAUUGUAACCACUAGGAACAGCCUUCGAAAACUUUUCGCUUUUUGUGGGGGUGUCGGCUUGACAAGCUUCCGUGUCGAUCUAUCAAUGAUUCAUAACACGCUAUUCAUAGAACGGUUUGAGAAAACUUCACGUGCGAUAAUGGGAGGGGCGGAAGAAACUGGAUAUGGCUCGAGCUUUGAGAAGGCAUCCACUAUCUUGCCGCGAGAAGCGAAAAACUGUGUCCAGUACCAUCGCGCCCUGAAAUACAUGCUUGGUGAACUAAACUGCGUGGUCAGCUUCGAAGUCGAUGCAUUCUAUCAGAAUUUGGAUGAGGAUGGGAAAAAGGAAGAGGACGAAACUACAAACAACACAAUGUUGGAAGAGCUAGCUUCAGACAUCGGGGCACCCGGUAUCAGAAGCGACACACCGAGAAAUGAAGGCAUGGCAGUCCAGAUGCCAACUGUCGAGGCUGACACCAAACUUACGCCUCAAUCAGCAGCAGCAGAAAUCAAAACAACCACGAAGGACUUCGGUUCCUUCAGUCGUCAUCUACCGCAAUUGUGGUUCGGUCGAACGCCUUGGCUAAUCAGAGCUCGUCACAGUGGAGGAACAUUUGACAGGAUUCUAAUCCGGCGUGCAGGUGACGAAUUUACGGCGUGGGAGGAAGAGCAUCAGACAGAGUUGAGAAGGCUGGUGUCGCUUUUAUCCCAGCUGCGAGAGGUUGUUAAGGAGAAUGGUUCCAAGCGCUGUAUAGGAAUAUUUGAAAGGCGGGCACGCGAUCUAGAAAUCAACCUUUUUGUUUCUGCCCGUAAGACCGGGGCACUCGCCGGGAACAUGAUCAGCAAGUUCUGGCGCUGAAAGGAGCGGCAGAUUAUUAUAGAAGGGGACGAGCGGCUUAUUUGCGACCGUAAUUCUAAGAUGAAUAUAAUGUUGCGGCGAAGCGGGCGGAGAGUAACAGAUUUUCCAAUAAUCCGUCGCAAUGUGUUCGUUGUGAGAGCAUCAAUUGCUGUCAAAGGGCCACCACAUGUACAUAGCUAUCGCCUCCUUCAUCUCCUUCAAGGCAAUCUCUGCCGUUAAGUACGUACUAGUAAUUGUUACGUGAGCCGCAUAGGGCGGUCAGCUGGUUCACUUGCACGCCUCUUUGCCAUUCGAGUCAGGGUACGACUAACCUUCGCGGGACCCGUUGAGGCCUGUUACGCUAAGCUAGGACCCUCGCCUUUGGGAUUUCCGGGCAUAUUAUCGGACACGAAUCAGCCACAAUUGCUCUAUCUCCCAGUUUCUAUUUGAAGUUGCAAAAGCUAACGAAUUGGCUAGUCAAAGACGCAGUCACAGUAACUUCUUUCAAUGGAAUCGCAACUUACAUUGAACGAUUCACU